AUGUUGAUGCUUGGGAACACUCUACCUGACAAAUUCAAACAACGGCAUGGAUCAUGGUCCCAUCAAAUCUGCAGAAGCUGUGAAACAUCUAAUACCACCGUGGCAAAGAGCAUUCUGAAACUUGCCAUCUCUUUUACCACAUCCCCUGAUGAUCUAUGCAUAGCAGUGGAAGUGGCCAAGGAGUUGCAAAAUGUCAUCGGUUUAGAAAAAUCUGAUACUUUAGAAGUGUCUGAAUCAUCAUACAUGAUCAUAAACCAGUCAACAAGUGCUUCUGUAAAUUCUUGCCUGUUGCAAUCAAUUGAUUCAGCAAUAGUUGACAUGGACUGGGCCACAAAGAAGCUAAAGAAUUUCCAAAUAGUCUCUCAGAAGAACCUCCAUCUCAACCAUGACGCUGAGAGCACAUUUGGACUGUCUCUCGAGGAAGCGCUUUACUCAAUGGCUGAGUCAACAAUCAGGAUACUUUCUUCCUUUGUUUUAAUGAACCUUAAAGACUCGCAAGCAGCACAGUUUCUCAGAUUAGCAGUUCGGUUUUACAAACAGUUAGCACAGAUUGUGAAACAGAGGAUUGCUCCCAAGGGUUGCAAGCAAACUGUUCCUACCCUUAAAUUUCAGAAACUCGUGGAACUAACUUGCAAGUCUCUCACGGUCCCUUUAUAUCCCUUUUUAAGUGAAAUGCAAAAGGACCAACAGGAAACUGUGAGUUCCAGUUCCAAGGGCAUAAUCAACAAGAUCAAACAGGAGAACAAAUGCAUCCCUGAUUUGAUAUUCCAGAUAGAAGACUAUGAAAGAUAUCUUAUUCAGCUGAGCAAAGUUACUAAAUUCAAUUUGUUGAGGCAUGCCAAGCGCAGCACUGCCAGAGACUUUAAAAUAAUUGAAGAUGCAGAAACCCCUGAAGGAGGCGAAGAUGGAGAAAACCAAGCAGAGACAGAGACACAUAACAAUAACAUUGGCGUUAACGAUGAUGAUGUAAGAGAAGAGUCAGAAGAUGAUUCAGAGAAAAUGUUGUCCCCCCGAACUGCUAGUCCCGGAUCAUCACGGGGCUUAGAUUCUGAUAAAGCACCACCAACAGAAGGGGACGAUGAAGAAGAAAAAGAAGAAGAAGAAGAAGCAGAUGAAGAAGAUGAAGGAGAAGGAAGUGGCUUUAGUCGUCCUAAGAAGAUAGCGAAGAAGAGUUGGGUUGUGGAGGAUUCUGAAGACGAUUCUGAAACAUUUUAG